CGUGUGCAGCUGCCACUCUCAUAAAUGGGUGUGCAGCUUGCAGUAAACACAAGAGCACUGACUCCGGGCUAGAGCAGGCACCGGGGGGGCUACAUCAGGGGAGAGAGGGGUCUCUGAAUUCUCCCAAACCCCUACAUUCGAACAUUUGAAUAAGGAAUUAACUUUCCAACUUCAGCUACAGUGAUAGCUAAGUUUGGAAGGAAGGAAUAAGAUAAACAGAUUUUUUUCCUUUUUUUUUAUUCUUCUUUUGUGUGUUUUUAUUAGACACAUAUAUAUUUUUUUACAAACAUUCUUAUACAAAGGAAAAUUUACAACUUUUUUUUCAAAAAAGAAUUUAAUAGGAGUAUAUUAGAAUAUUAACAAGAAAAAAAUCUCCACCAAACAAAAAUGGCUCGAUCAGAAGAUCAGAAAACCAAAGAAGGAUGUUGUGGAUCCUGUGUCAACUACUUCACAUCUGCAAAGUUUCUUAUGUACCUAGGCCACUCUUUGUCCACAUGGGGAGAUCGGAUGUGGCAUUUUGCUGUAUCUCUCUUUUUGGUUGAGCUCUAUGGGAAUAGUUUACUUCUGACUGCAGUCUACGGCUUGGUGGUUGCUGGAUCUGUGCUUCUACUUGGCGCUAUAAUUGGCGAUUGGGUAGACAAGAAUGCAAGGCUAAGAGUGGCACAAACUUCCUUAAUUGUUCAGAAUGUAUCUGUCAUCAUCUGUGGUUUCAUCUUGAUGGGAGUUUUUUUGUACAAGACACAACUUUUAUCAAUGUACCAAGGAUGGCUCCUGACAAUCUGCUAUAUUUUGGUCAUCACAAUAGCGAACAUUGCUAACCUGGCCAGUACAGCCAUGUCUAUCACCAUUCAGAGGGACUGGAUCGUUGUGGUUGCAGGUGAUGAUAGGAGCAAGCUAGCAGACAUGAAUGCAACUGUAAGACGAAUUGAUCAGCUAACCAACAUAUUGGCACCAAUGGCGGUUGGACAGAUAAUGACCUUUGGCUCACCUGUUAUUGGCUGUGGAUUUAUUGCUGGGUGGAACUUAGUGUCAAUGUGUGUGGAAUACAUGCUGCUGUGGAAGGUAUAUCAGAAGACACCAGCACUGGCUAUUAAAGGUGGCAAGAAAGUAGAUGACCAGGAGUUAAAACAGUUGAAAAUUGAAGUUAUAGACUCCAACACCAACAAUAACGAAAAGCCAACUGAGGAUGUGUCUCUUAUGGGAGAUAAAGGUGUUCCUGCUAUUGAACUUCCGAAAGAACCUGGCUGUGGUGAAAAAAUGUCUGAGCCAUUCCGCACAUUCCGAGACGGUUGGGUUGCAUACUACAACCAGUCUGUGUUUUGGGCUGGAAUGGGCCUUGCUUUUCUUUACAUGACUGUGCUUGGCUUUGACUGCAUCACAACCGGUUAUGCUUAUACCCAGGGCUUGAGCGGCUCCGUCCUCAGCAUUCUGAUGGGGGCUUCUGCCAUUUCUGGAAUCAUGGGCACCGUGGCCUUCACCUGGCUGAGGAAAAAGUGUGGUUUAAUCCGUACAGGUCUAAUUUCUGGAAUAGCUCAAUUCAGUAGCCUCAUUCUUUGCGUCAUCUCAGUCUUCAUGCCUGGCAGUCCACUGGACCUGUCCAUUUCCCCAUUUGAUGAUAUCAGCACCCGCUUUCUUGAAGGAGAGCCAUUACCAACCAUGUCUCCAGGUGGUGUUCCCGAAUUGUUCGUUACAACUGAUGUGCAGAAUCUGAUAUAUAACUCCACCGCCACCUUUACCGAACCCGAAGUUUCUAUACCAUUGGUCUCAGUGAGCCUACUGUUUGCUGGAGUUAUUGCUGCUAGAGUCGGCCUUUGGUCCUUCGAUCUAACAGUAACACAGCUUAUUCAAGAAAAUGUGAUUGAAUCUGAAAGGGGAAUUAUCAAUGGUGUCCAGAACUCCAUGAAUUAUCUUCUUGACUUGCUUCAUUUCAUCAUGGUGAUUUUAGGCCCUAAUCCAGAAGCUUUUGGCUUGCUUGUGCUUAUUUCAGUGUCCUUUGUUGCCAUGGGUCAUAUAAUGUAUUUUAGAUAUGCUUAUACUAAUCUAGGCAAGCAACUGCUUGCCUGCAGUUCUCCUGACCCCAAAACAGUGCCUAGCGAGCAGCAAAAUCCAGAUUCAUCGGUAGUUUAAUUUUAUAUACACAUAUAUUCACUUAUCCACAUUUCACAUAUAUUGUAUUGUAUAGUUUGCAAAAGUGUGUUUGUCUAGAGUUGUUACAGAACUGAAAGAAAUAAUUAAGAGGAAUUCAAGUGGCAAAUCAGCAUUAUGAAACUUCAGUGUAUGGAGGUUCAUGAAAUUUCUCUUCAGUGUAUGGAGGUUCAUGAAUUCCAUUAAGUUUGUGCUGUAUGUUAACCCUUUAGUAACCAAAUCUGUCUUUUUUUUUUUUUACGUUGAUACGGCUACAGAUAUGGCAACAUCUAACAUACACAUUUACUUUAAAUGUGAUUUCAUCUUGCAUGUUAAGUAGUUAAAUCUCUAGGUACAAACGUCUUUUGCUCUAUUAAAUAGUCAAUACAUAAUUUGAUGUAGUGCAAAGUAUUCUAUAAAAUGCAGCUGUUUUUUGUAAUCAUUUUGCAGGGCUUCACACAUAUUUGUAUUAAAACAGUGAGCACAUGAAUUGCUGCAAACAAUUUCAGCACUAAAGGGGCCAUUUUUGUCAUCAAAGAUUGUCUGUCCAGGAACAGGUAGCAAUGCGGCCACGAUCUGGUGAAGCAUCGUGGGAGUUGUAGUUGCAAGACAGCGACAGGCUUUGGGUUAUAAUUCUGUAGAAGCGGAAGUGCUACCUGUUAUCUACCCUGUCUCUAAGACUACUGAUAUAGUAGCAUUAAGAGGAAAAAAAAACAUAGUCACUGUCACGUUCAGCGAGUAUGUCUUUAUGGUGUCAGCACUUUUUCAGAAACCAGAAAGGGGUGUAAAAUUCAAAUAAAAAUAUACACAUUUAAAAGGAAGUUGGUGGGGAAGAGUUUUACACAGAAGGUAUUUAGAGUGUCAGUCAUUAUUGUGUCAGAGCUAAACUACAGAUCUCAAAGGAAACAGAAAGUGAAUUCAUAUAAAAAUAUAUAUAUAUGCAUAUAUGCUUCUCAAUUUAGUGCAAUACAUACUAGACCUUUUGGACUUUCACUUCGAGCCAAGAAUCACCUCAUGUUAUUACCUUUUUUAACAGUUUAUAUAGUAUCAUUUGAUAAUAAAAAUCAGAACGAUCUAUGCCCAACUUGAGGGCUAAACUCAUCAGGAUACCUUGCGAGUUAAGAUUCCAGAGAGUUCAAUACAAAUAUAUAUUUUAAGCUUCUCCUUAGCAGUUUAGUAAAAACUUACCAGCAGUCCGGAAUCAAGCUUCUCAUGUUCUUGUGCAGCUAAUAAGCAUUCGACUCGGUGAAGUUCAAGGUAAUUCGUAGCCACUUCUGGAACAGUGCCAAGUAAUUACCCUGAAUUUAACUUAGACGAGUAUCUGACUAAUCCAUCAUUUAGCACAGUGUUUGACAAUUUUUAUUUAUUCUAAUACGUAUUUGCGUAAUUUGCCAUCAUAAACUAAAGAUACGUGCUAUAAGAUAAAAUUAAAUAUUAGCACCUGUAAUAUUAAAAAGCCGUUUGAUAAGCUCUGUUUGAACAUGAAAUAAUUAGUUACUACAACACUGAGCAAUAUGUUAACAAUAUCACUAUGGAACACAUUGUGUACUAUUCGUGAAUGCUUUGACUUUUGGCACUGGUGAUACCUGUGUUGCAGAUAGGAAUGUAACACAUGGUCCCACUAUCUGGUAAAUGUCUCAGAUGCAUCUAAUACAGGUUGCACGCUUGGUAGAUGAUGCAGAUGUGAAGCUGUGAUGAUAAUUAAAUCCUCAGCAGGUAUAUAGUGAUGUCCAGGCAUAUUACUCCAGUUCCUAGUUGUGCUGGAGAUUCUCCAAACAGAUGGUUCAUUCAAAGCUGCCAAUGAUAAAAUAUGAGUUAGAAUAGGCUGAAUUCCAUUUGCAUGGUAUGGUUUAUUAAUUGUAACAACUUAUUGAGUUAAUGGCUAACAUGCCAAAUUGGUACAGUUAACCAUAUCUCUAAAUUGACUCAAGUGGAAGUUUCCUUCAACUUUAUGUGACUACUUGGGCCUUGAUUUGUUAGUUGUGAACUCUGUAAACCUACUUAAACUGGGAAUCAUAGAGGGAGAACAGGCAGGAGAAUCGCAAAUUUUAGGACAAAGUUAUAAAAAAACAAACUCCAAAAUUACUUUAUUUCCAGCUCUAUUGUGGUUUAUAAUUUGCAAUUCUCCAGAAUGUUCAGUUUAGUGGAUUUUCCCUAUUAACCUUAUCUAGAAAAUGCAACCAUGUGCUUUCAGACUUAUAGUUAUAAAUAUGCUAUAUUUAAUUCCAUUUACAAGUGUUUUGGGAACUGCACAUUUUUCAAUGCAAGGUUUUUGUUUCUUCGCUGUAAAAUAUUUCUGAUUUUCUAUAUAUAUAUAUAUAUAUAUAUAUAUAUAUACACACACAAAUGUAUAAAGGGGGCAUGGUUCAUUGUAAACAGAUGAUGGACCUGUGUUCUGUACCUUGAUAGUACCGACUAUGCACUUUCUCUGGGAUAACCGCAGUAACUUUGAUUGUACGAGCACUUUUUUACUGGAAUCUUUCCUGAUAACGUUUCUUAACAGAUUUCUGCCUUUCUAUUACAAACCAGUUAUUGUAAUGCCAAAAAUGCUGAUUCCUUCUCAGUUUACAAUAUUUAAUAAAUAACAAGUGCUGAAAA